AUGAGUAGGCCCGCUUUCUUGGAUCAGGAGGCUCCCAAGGGCUAUGUGGCUGGUAUAGGCCGUGGAGCUACCGGAUUUACCACCAGUGCAGACACAGGAGCCGUGAGGAUCGAAGACGACAUAGAGGACGACGGACCCAAAAUCGACGAUGAUUCUGGUUUGUUAGCACGCCGAGGAAAAGGCGAUGCGGCCGAGGAAGAAGCCGAUAAGAUCUACGAGGACAUCGAGCGACGGCUUCUUGAAAAAAAGCGUAAAAAAAACGAACAAUUGGUGGAAAGACCACCUUCUGACGACCCGGUGUCGCAGUUUGUGGAUCUAAAACGAGAUCUUUCUCAAGUCACACGGGACCAAUGGGCAGCAUUGCCUGAGGUGGGUGAUCUCACGAGACGUAAUAAGCGUAUGCGUUUGCUUGAGAAGCAACAACAGAGAUUUUAUGCCGUUCCUGACAGUGUUUUAACUGGCUUGGGAUCGUCACAGACAACCAACUUUGCUUCCAUUUCACAGGGAAAGGACAAAAUCUUAAGCCAGCGGCUAGACGAGCUCCUACCGCAAGCCCAGGGCACCACAGAUAUCGUUGAGGAACAGGAUUCCGACAUGGACUCACAAAUCGCUGAUGCCAAUCGCACUCGCUUGGUGUUGAAUUCGCUUCGAAGAACGGCUCCAAACAAAGCCAGCUCGUGGAUAGCCUCUAUUAGAGUCGAGGAGCAAGCAAAGAACUUUUCCGCUGCAAAAAGGCUCGCGGUACAAGCGUGCCAGAAGGUGCCUCAGAGUGAAGAAGUCUGGCUCGAGAGUAUUAGAAUUCACCAGAAAUCUUUGCAAUCUAGCUACGAGUGCAAAAGCAUUGCCAACAGUGGUCUCAAGUUCAAUCCCAAAUCCGUCAGUCUCUGGUUGAAAUUGUACGACUUGGAAUCUAAUUCGGAUACCUUCACAAAACGCAAGGUACUAAUGAGAGCCAUUGAGAACCUCCCUCGUGUUCCAGAACUAUGGAAAAAACUCGUGCAAGAAGAAGAGAAUGGUGAAGAGAAGCGCAAAUUGGUUCUUAAAGCCGUGGAAUUAUGCCCGCUGGAUUGGGAUCUCCGUCGUAUUUUGGUCUCUCUUUCCGACUACAAGGAGAGCAAAAAUAUCCUCAACGAUGCCCGAAAGGUUAUGGGUGGUAAUCCGCAAUUGUGGGUCACAGCCGUAGAGUUGGAAGAAAAACACAACCCAGAAGUUCUGGAAACAAAAUUAGUGUCGAUGAUGAAAAAAGGUAUGAGCGAAGUACUGAAAGUCGAAGAAUCAGAUCAUGCCAAUGUAGAUUGGAUAAAGUACGCGAUGGCUGCCGAAGAUGAGAACUACCUCAAGACAUGCCAUGCUUUGACAACGGCAGCUUUUCAUACUCAAUCUGAAGAACUUUUGGACCUUCCUGGCUGGAUACAGAAGGCACAAGAUUCUUCAAAAUCUCAUAAGAACACUGCUAAAUUCAUUUACCAGGCAAUAGUGGAAAAGUUCCCGAAUGACAUUGAUAUCUGGUUACUUCUCUUUGAGUCUCUGAAGGGAGAAAUGCCAACAUUGGUGCAACACUACAAGCAUGCGAUCGAAUUGAAUCCUGGUGAAGAAUUGUUCCGUUUGAUGUACGCCAAGGAUCUUUGGAAACUAGCAGGCGAUGUAGGUGGGGCAAGAAGUGUUUUACUGUCUGCUAACAAAGUACUACCUCAAAGUGAAGAAAUUUGGCUUGCUAUGGCCAAACUCGAAAUCAUGAACCAACAGUGUAAAGAUGCUGGAGUCAUCUUUGAACGGGCAUUGAAAGAGAAAGCUAAGGACUCUCCUCGUAUCUGGUACAAAUACAUUCAUUACCAGCGAUACAUGUACUACAAGAAGGAAUUAUCGUCAGACAAACUAAUUGAGAUUGUGGAAGAGGCAUUGAAUAAUUUUCCCCAAAACAGUAAAUUGCACCUACAGAAGAGCCAGAUAUUUUCGCUGGACGUUAACGAUCACCAAAAAGCAAGACUGGCACUAUCCCAAGCGGUUAAAAUUUGUCCUCAGUCUGUACCACUCUGGAUUUCACUUUCUCAGUUGGAAGAAAUGCAGUUCAAAAAUUUGCUAAAAGCGAGAUCCACUUUGGAUUUGGCUCUCUUGAAGAACCCAGAUAGUGAUCUCUUGUGGGUCCAUAAAGUGCAGCUAGAAAGAAGAGCAGGAGAUACCGUUGCUGCUUCGCAAAUGUGCUCGAGAGCCUUACAAAAAUUUCCCAAUUCCCCUCUACUUUGGGUAGAGCAAUUGUCAUUGAUCACCAAGCUGUCACAGAAAAAGAACAGUUUUUUGGAUGCCCUUCAAAAAACGAAGAAUUCCUCGGAGGUUUUAGUCGCGAUCGGAAGGUCGUUUUACAUGGAAGGAAAAUACUCCAAAGCCGAACAAUGGUUUCAAAGAAGUGUCGAUGCUGAAAGUGAGAACGGAGAUGCCUGGAGCUGGCUCUACAAGGUAUUGGGAAGUUUGGGAAAAAGUGAUCGUAGACUGGAAAUCUCGAAGAAAGUUGAUUCGCUCUAUGAUUCUAUAAGCAAAGGUUUCAUUUGGAUCAAAUGUAAAAAGGACCCAAAGAACCUUACUUGCUCUGGAACGGAGAUCUUGGAGGCCACUGCAAAGGCUAUUUAA